AUGACGCUCACCGAGUCCAUUCCCAUUUGGCUUGACUGUGACACUGGAAAUGAUGACACAUUUGCAAUUCUUCUCGCAGCAUUACACCAGAAGUUCAACUUGGUUGGAAUCUCCACAGUAUACGGAAAUGCUCCUUUGCCGUACACCACUCAUAAUACUUUGGCUAUAUUGGACGUUUUGGGGUUUAAGCAAGACGAUAUCAAGGUAUAUUCUGGCUCGUCGAAGCCGUUCGAAAUACCUCCACGUUAUGCAACCUCUAUCCAUGGUCCUACAGGAAUUGAAGGUGCGACAUUGCCCAAGCAUCCAACAAUUGAAGAGUCCAAAGACCAAACUUAUUUGGAAGCAAUAAAAGAAGCAGUGUUACAAUACAAGGGAAGGUUGAAUAUCGUCAGUACUGGUGCCUUGACCAAUGUGGCUAAACUUUUUCAGACUUACCCUGGUCUCAGAUCUGAAGUAAACUUCUUAGCCAUAAUGGGCGGAGGAAUCGAACUCGGUAAUAUUACAAAAUUCGCCGAGUUCAACGUACACUGCGAUCCACAUGCUGCACAAUUGGUACUAGGUGAUCCAGUGUUAAAGGAUAAAACAGUUCUUGUCCCACUAAAUGUAACUAAUAGGGCUAUAGCUAAAAAGUCCAUUCAUGACCAAAUCUAUAUAAAGAAUAAUGCCAGAAAAAAUUCCAAUGCUAGAAAAGUUUUCUACGAUAUAAUUCUGUUCUACGGUAUAGCCUAUAAUCUUAACCGAGAUGGAUUUGGUGAAGGUCCACCUAUUCACGACCCAUUAACAAUUUUUGUGCUUAUGGCAUUGCUAAACAAAUUGGGGAACCACCACGAUGAUGAAGCUGGCGACUUUGGUUUGAAAUAUGUUAGAGGUGAUGUUGAUGUUGUUAUAGACGGUGAACAUGAGGGCCAGACUGUCCUAAGUAAAAGAAAUGAUACAGGUACGUACGUCACAGUGGAUAUCGAUUAUGGUAUUUUCUGGUCUUACAUAUUGGAAGCUCUCGACAACUCUGAUUUGAGAAAUGGAGCAUCAGAAGAUAGUAUUGUGAAUUAA